CUCUGUAAUUCGUAAAUUCACUUCUUCAACAUGAACCCCACCGCUUGGUGAAAAAUUGUAAUUCUUGAUUUUUACUCGUCAUUUUAUCUAAAAAUCCGGACAGAAAACAUAAAUGAGGAUGAGCGAGCGGUUCUAAGAACGUGUACUGAAUCAAAGAUAACUGAUAAAGACGCGGCUAUUUUUGAGGCACAAAGUUUAAGUUAGGUUUUCAUUGUUUGUACAACAAUCCUGAUCUCCAUGACCCUACGCGCGACGAACACUAACCGGGAAACAAGAUUUUUUGCUUCUGUCGACGACCACCGGCUGGGGUCUUUCACAUCGCCAGAGGCGCCAGCCCUCGACCGAAAAUAAGCAUCGUGUCCUCUCGUGGUGAGUAGACUGGUUUACGUCCGUUGGCCGACUUCCUGCCGUAAUUGUUUACGACGACGUGUAAACAACAACAUCAACCAACAGACCGGAAUUGACGCACCGCGAAGCAGAUCACACAAGGUAAAGCACCAAUUCGUACUAGUCCCUGGCGCCAUGGGGGAUAAAUCCAUCUACUUCUCGCAGGCCGACCUGCGGUAUGAGAGUGCACAACUCCUCCUCCCCCUAAUUUGUAAUGCAAAUCACCAAUUCUACGUCUUGCCUCCAAGCACAGUUCGCAUGACAAAUGUUGGCCCCUCAAACGGUACUAGAAUCCGUCUGCAGAUUUGUCAUGCGCAAGCCACAUUUCUGGCGUUGCUUGUGUUGCUGCUCAUGCCAUUCAAAUGGAGGGGAGGGGGAGUUGUUCACUCUCAUAUGCGGAAAGAGUCCAUUGACACAGACAGUUUGAAAGUGGUGCGGUGUUAUGGGAUCCCGUUUAGGGCGGUGAAGAAAGACAUACAAGAAUUCUUCGCAAGACAGAAAUUCAUCAUACAGUACGAACAGGUACGUAUCUUCAGUUUCAGUUCUCUGUUCCGUGUGACGAAUGAAAUUUUUUAGGGCAUGAUCUUACAUGUUGCGACAUUCGUGCAUGAUGUAUUGAUGCAACAAGAACAUGAGUGCUGUACUUACGCAAUAAAUGUUCCAGAUUUACAUCGAGCUGACGCGCGAAGGGCGUCCAACGGGCGUCUGCUAUGUUCAGAUGACCCGGGAAAAAGACGCGGAGGAAGCCGCCGCAGCGCUCAACAACCUGUACAUCGGCGAUCGGUUCAUUCUAUGAAAUGCAAAAAUGUCUGGGUCUGGAAAAAUGCCAGGUUUGUCAUGCAUUUUUUUCAUGACCCAUGACGUCUGUGAUGCAUGCCCUCGCAUUACAGAUUUUUAGAGGGCUUCCUGAUGCGUACUCCGCAUGAGAAAUGCCCAAAGUGGACUUCUCUUGUUGCGGGUCACGCAACACAGAUUUUUUUCGAAUCCAGAGACAGCAUGACAAGUUGCGUCCUUCCAGACCCAGACACUUUUGCAAUCCAUACAUUCAAGUGACGCAGUGCGGCCGUCCCUGGACGCACAUGAGCAACAUGAACCCGGCGAAGAAUAUAUCCUUUGUAAAAACGUCCUCCCCACACGACCAUAGUUUUCAUGCAAAUCUGUUUCUCAUCCUGAGCCCCACGAGAAGCACUUGUUUCUGGUCGUAUUUUCGAAUUUGAGAUGCUCCUUUCAGCAUUAUACAGGGCUAGACCUAGAUCUGUAAGUCUCCUGCUGAACUAGUUCUGCAGGAUUACACUAGACGAGGUCGAGGCCAAACCUGUCAUGCGCAACAAGAACCAAAUCCAAAGCUGAUUGAUUUGUCUAGCAGAUUGAGACUUCCCAACAUCUUGGCUCUUGGGUCGUCGUCGUGGGGACCGCGUUUUUGCUCAGGAUGGUCGAAAUUCAAGGCGGGAAGCACGGUGUACGCCCAAAGCGCAGCAUAUGGGAGUGACAGGAUUGAAAUCGUCAGAAUUGAAAUAGUUUGUGAUGCAUAAAAUGCUAGACGCAAAGGGCCUGUCUUGCAGAGCAGGAAACUGAGGCCGAUUAUAAGCCUGUUUGGGGUGUGAGAUAGAGCUGCUAAAAUAGCAUGACAAAAGCAGUCUUUGCUCAAACAGCAUGACAAAUGGGAUUUCCAUGCUCCCAGGAGAAUUUGGCAUGCGCCACUUGCAAACUGGGCUCCAGCUUGUAUCGCUUUUCUGCAUUACAGAUUAUUUCAACUUUGACGAUUUCGAUCCUAACGCUUCCAUACAGCAUCAACGCGGGUCCGGGACCCAAGGAGAGUAGAGCGAGAUAAGACGAAUGCGGUUGCAGUGUCUGGUACUGUGUUUCGGCAUGAAGAUGUACAUGAUAUAUCAUGAUCAUCAUGAUAGUUUAGAUAUUGAAGAUAUUUUGUUUUGCGAUUAAUUUUUAUUUGUUGCGAGAAAGGGGGAUAAAAUGCAAAUAGUAAUAGAUUUGAAUGAAAUAUCUUCAAUCUAGUUCCAUCUGAAGUGGGUAAGCCGCCUGCUAGUUGUAGUUGGCAAAAUAGCUUCGUAUCUUUAUUCGUAUCAAAUUCACAAAACAGCCCUGUCCCAAAUCCCGUCCAAGGCCGCACCGGGGAUUCGCGGCGGUGUAGUGCAGACGGUGCCCGGCGGAACAGUGUUCCCAAAAGCCGCUCCGGGAAGGGCAGCCUCCAGCGGAAAUGGGCACAGUUGGAUAAGGUUACGCGGAGUCCCCUUUGAAGUGUGCACCAUGGACACAAUAGCGACUUGGCUGAAGGAGUACGGGGUUACAGAAAACCACGUACUGCUGGAGAGGGUAUAAAAGAUUUAGAUUAACUGAUUUAAGUACUUUCGUUUUAUCCGGCCACCUUCUCCUUUUAGAGCUUUUGUUUUUUCUUGUCAGGCGUGAAACGCUUUGUAAGCCUAAGCAAACAAAACUGCAACUGUCAUGCAUUUGCUACAACCACAACUACAAUUGGAUGACGUAUAUCAAAAUUACAACAGAACAUACGGGGCCAAAAUUCCGGGCAGGCGUAUGUGAAAAUGAAGAGUCCACAAGAUGCAGCACAUGCCGUGGACAACAUGCACAAUGGCAUUCUUGGGAACAGAUUCGUGGAGGUCUUUGAGACCACGCCAGAUAUGGUAGCGAGACAUUUGGGCGUUGACGCGAAAUUUCUGCCCAAAUAAAUGACAAACACAAAGACAAUCGAUAUACAGCUGCAGGAGCAUGAUUGAUUCUCUCGGAGCAUGAUGAGAUAUCAGCGACACAGACGACAAUGAACCAAAAGAGCCUUUGCGAGAACGAGCGACACAAGAAAAAAUAAAAAAUGAAGAAUAAAAUAAGUACUUGUUCGACAU